AUGAUGCUCUCUAGCCUCGUCACCCUUGCCCUCGUCCUCGCCGGCUGCCACGCCGCGCCUUCGGGACCCCGUCGCACGGACUCCGAGUCUACGCAGCACCCUCUCGCCUACGCUUCUCUUCCCUACGAGCCCGAGACGGCCGCACGCACCCCACCCUCGCUUCCCGAUGGUGAUUAUGCCUUCAGCUUCAAGCAGCACAAGUGGAACUACAACGGCGCCGGUGUCAACCACAUGAGCACGGGCACCUGGUAUUCAUCGCUCUCUCAAGCCAAGGUCCUCGUCACUGCCAGCACACUCGACUGGGCUUCCAACAACGCCACCCUCGCCGGUGAGCUGACCGGCGCCUACACCUCGUCCCUCUUCGACUAUGCCGACGCUUCUGCGGCGUCCAAGGCCAACGUCAAGAACUACUACUUUGCCAGCGACUACACCAAACCCGUCAGUUUAGGCACCUGUAACGCAAACGAGCUUCCCAUCGGCGCAGCUCAGGGUCAGCUUCUGCCCCCCGACUUCCUCCGUCAGAAUGGCAUCUACGCGGGCACCGAGCUCCUGCCCCAGUACGGUCAGGCGGACAAGUGGGUCGCCUUUUUCGGCCAGGGCCUCGCACUCAGCUUCUACUUUGUCACCGCAACUGAUGGCCACCAGCGCUGGGUCCGCUACGACCAAUACUCACGGGGAGAGCAGACCACCGUCGUCACCGAAAUCUUCAACCUGCGCGAGAAUGCUCGGUUCAAGGCCGGUCUCUUCAAUCCUUGCAAGCCGUAG